AUGAUGAUGCUCUGGGCUUGGGCUGGAGUCCCACUAGGCGUUUACAACAUCGUCGAGGACUUCAAUGUAGCCUUGCGUAUCCAGCCACAGAUUCUGACGCUGUUGAGUCUGAUCACCUGGAUUCAAUGCUUCUACUACGAAAAGCAUUGGUCAGUUCUGCAUGCGCUUGCCGUCGUCAUACCGGUCGCUUUGGUCAUGGGCGGUAUCCAAGCCGCACUCAUCGUUGCCUUGCGCAUAGGCGACUCAAGACAUGUACAAUGGCCAAUCACGUUGAUGGCCGUGUUAGCGGCGACACUGCUUGCAGCCGGCGUCCUGCGACAUUACUGGGACAUCUACGUACACCGUACCGUUCGUGGCAUCUCCUUCAUCUUUGUAGCAAUCGAUGCUGCAGGCGAUCUGUUCUCCCUAAUCUCAGUCUUUUUUCAGCCUAAACUCGACAUACUCGGCAUGUUCAUCUAUGGCACGGAACUGAUCCUGUGGAUCGGAGUAUUUGCGUGUGGUGGAUACUACAACCUACUUCCUUGGCUCAGGAGACGGCUGGGUAAACUGGAGUCUCAGCACUCGGCUGAAGAAAAUGAAUAUCAGGACAAUCCAGGGCGAGGUACCGCUGAUACCACUCGAGAAACAAACACCAUAGCGUUGCAUGACAUGCCCUCGUCUACUUCGGUAUUCCGAACCCCAUCCGGCGAGAUAGCAGUUAUAAGAGCCAGGACAAGCGACUCAAGAAGAGUAGCCGAGGUCGAUGGAGCGAGGGUGAUAUCGUUCGACGAUUGUGGGAGUAUUGUAAGAACUGCUAGCAUUACGUGA